CAAUAAACGAAUCACAGCCAACUUUUCAAUAAACGCGAAUCGGCUUUUUAUAUUCGCACACGGAGGCAAAGUUGUUUCUUUUUUUUUCAAUAUUUGAAGGAAAAGAAUUUAUAAAAACAACUUUUUAAUAGUUAAUUGCCUCGAGGAGAUCUUGUACACAUUUACGCAAUAACCAUGGAUCUUAGCCUGGACGAAAUAAUUAAAACAAAAAAAAUCACUCUACCAUCAGCUGUUAAGAAAUUCAAUAAUGCGGAAAAUCCACGAAAAGGUUCAACGUUGCGUAAAACGUUAAAUAAACCUAUAUUUAAACAGAGUAUAGUGACUGAUGCACGAAAUAAGAUUAUACAGAAAAACCGUGAAAAGAUACGUGAUGCUCGAGAUAAAUUGUCAGAAUUAACAAGAGCUAGUGGCGACAUACGUCAAAGGCUAAUUGCUAAGAAACUGUCAGCAGCCAGUGGACUUAAAACACGUAGUUCAACGAAAAAGCUUUAUACAGCAUCGUAUCGUAAUGGUGUUCUCAAACCCAAACCUGGAUUGAAAAGUACACAACCGUAUUUAAGGCAGCCAGCACAUGUAUCUGCGCGACUGCCAGAUUUAAUAAAUGUGCCUCGCGGUUAUGUCGACUAUGACGAUAUGGAGCGCUUGGAAGAAGAGGAAAUGGCCGCUGCCACUCGUCUUAGUCGCACUGUCACAAAUGAUUUUGCUACAUUUGGACAACGUAAUGUAUCACCACUACCUACACGCCGCAUGAAUUCGUGGGUUAGUUCAUCAGAAGCUUUUGACCCAUUCGAUGUUUAUAAACCGCGCGAACGCCGCAUGUCCCCAGAGCUACCACCUCCUCCACCAAAGGGCAUUCUAAGACCCAGUACAAGACAACUAAGUCCAGAUAUGUAUCAACGCCGCUAUGUGCCAGAGCCAUCAUCACAUCUUUCGUAUGAGAUGCGUUCACGUUUGGAACGUGCUCCCGAUCCACAUGCAUCUAUGGGGAUUUUUUCCAAUCCACUCAAAUCAUCAUCAUCCAAUGGUUAUCGAAUUGUAGUAAGUAAUUUGCAUAGCAGUGUCACUCAGUCCGAUAUUCAAGAACUUUUUGAGGACAUUGGACCACUAUAUGAUUCGCGUUUGGUGCGCCCAGGUGUAGCUGAAGUUAUAUAUAAAUCCUUGACCGAUGCUGAAAAAGCAGUAGACACUUAUCAUAAUCGACAACUGGAUGGUCAGCCAAUGAAAUGUCUGUUGGUUAAUCCCCGCGCCUCAAAUAAGCCCACCGCACCAGCAAUAACCACAGCAUCGAGCUCUCGCAGUUCUUCAGGUAAAACUCCACUGGAAAUUGAUAUAGACGCUUUGCAUAAGGUGCUCUUCCGACGCCAUUAACGUUAGAGUAUACACAACAUCCACUCAAAUACAGUGAAUUAGCAGAGAUGAAACGCAAAAAAGCAAAAGGAAGGAAAACUAAGAUUAUAUGAGAUAAUAGUGCCGUUGGUAAAAAGAGGAGAUACCUCAAUGUCAAUAAAAACACGUAUGAUAUAAAUAUAUACUUAAAAAACUUGUGAAAAGGUCAUAAUUGUCGCUCCUUUUGCUGCUAAGAAUAAAAUUUCUGAAGCACCAUUAAAAUUAAAUUCAUUUAUGUACGUAUGAUUAA